AAGACUUGACCGCGAUCUAAAGUCAAGGGACACAUAUCUUAUUGUGAUAAAAACCGUCGUGAUUCUUUUGGUCACAAUAGUGGCAUUUCUCGGAAACAUGCUGACGUUAGUAGUUGUUCUACGAUCACCCAGACUACGAACAAUUCCAAACAAAUUCAUCGUGUCGUUGGCGUUAUCAGACAUAUUAAUGGUGACACCUGCCAUCCCUUUAAACGCAUCAGUCUUGGUAAAAAGUGAAUGGUCUUUCGAUCAUGCGAUGUGUCAAUUCCAAGGAUAUUUUGGUAGCGCCGUUGCCUUCGCCUCUACUGAGUCUCUUGCUCUGAUGUCGCUCAACAGAUUUUACCGUAUCGUGAAACCAAACGAUUGCCGCCGACUUUUUACGGCGCGGAGGACCUCAGCAAUGAUCAUGGCUGCAUGGUUGAUUGCUCUAUUGGUGCAGUUGCCUUACGUUGCUGCCGGACAUACGUACAGCUUUCAUCCAGGAAAAAUAUUUUGUAACCAAGACGGCAAAGAACCAUUUUUUAUAACUUUAAUUUCGAUUUUUGGCGGCGUUUCUAUGAGUGUUUUAUCUUACUGUAGUUUUAGGAUAUUUCGGGCGGUGCGCGCGCAUAAAAAAUCUAACGGAGUCCAUACCAGAGUAAAUGUGGAAGAAAUAAAAGUCUCCAGAAUUCUCUUGGUCAUGGUACUCGGGAGUAUCCUCUGUUUCUCGCCUGUAAUUGUUAUUGAAGCUAUUGACUUUGUUCAAAAUGGUUCCAAUCAACCCAGGCAGGUGUACUUGUUUUAUUCAAUCUCAGCAACUAUGUCAAGUUCUGUCAACCCUGUUAUUUAUGGAGCCAUGAACAGAAAUUUUAGACAGGAGUAUAAACGUUUGCUGUGCCUUGAUAGAGUGGAACGGAUCAUACCCGUCAAAACAGCCGGGCAAGCCAGAGCUGUUACUCUUAAUCAACUGGGAAUUUCAUUAGAAAGAACCAGUCAAGAUCCGGAAGUGCGCGCCCCAGUUGAAAAUUGAUUAAAGGGGAUAAAUUUUUCAACUGUGGUGCUGCAUUAGUGGGGAUAAUUUAGUUUCAUGAACUCAGUAAAUAAUUAUAAAUGGCCACUGUAAAGAGUUUCUAGAGCUGACGUUUCGAGCGUUCGCUUUUUGUCGGAAUGAGUGACUUUUGAAAGUCUAAAAACCCAAACUGUUAAAGUUGUUCAUGUAUCUUGAAGAAGUUGUGGAAAGAGUUUUCAAAACAGAUGUACGACAUACUUAAAAAUACGAUUUCGGAAA